AUGCCGCCCAGGAUACCCGUCCGACCCUCUGCAGCUGCCAAUGGCUGGAGUAGCAGCCUGUGUGUGCGUGCCUUCUCCUCCACACCAUCCGCCCUCGCCCUCGGUCCGCAGUCGCCAAACUACAUCGACGUGCCGAAGCCGCUGCAGCCCACGUACCCGGCCAAGCCCGCGGUAAAGGGCCACCUCCCCAUCCCAAGAGACGUCUUCAAGACAAGGAAUAAGCACCCGAAAGAGUCAGACAUCUUCCUCGACCGGAGUACCAAGGAGCCCAAAGAAGUCAAGGCCCCCGGACCAUACAGCCGGGAUGUCGACUACCGGUUAUACAAGCAGAGGCUGGCGGAGAAGCGGAGAGAGAAUUUGAAAGAGGGUGUCAAGGCGCUGCACGAGCGAAAGGUCACAUCAGAGGCCGAGUACAUGGCCAAGAUCCAGGCCAUCGGUGCGAAGAGGCGGGAAUUGGCCACGGCACCACGGCGCGAAGUCGACAUCUUGACAGAAACCUCAGUCGCCAAGGGCAUUCGCGACUUCCUCACCGACAGCCUACCCCCACGGCCCGACAUCACAAAGGCCCGGAGCCGAGCAUACCAGCGCCGAGUAGCCCGGAUACAAGAAAUCCGCGCCUCCCGCCUACACGAUCUAUACACCAACGCGCGCAAGUUCAUCGUGGACGAGCAACAAUUAGACGAGGCGAUAGAGAAGGUCUUCGGCUCUGAUGAGCAGCCUGUUGCUUGGGACGCCAGGGGUGUCAUGGGCCCAAGAGAAGACGGCAGGAACGGUCUCAGCCCAUGGGAUGGACCGCUACCAGAGGGUGUCGGCGAUAUGCUCAACAAGCUCAAGGGCGGCGAGGGUGUUGGCCUUGCCAAAGAGCGCGUCAAGAAGGUGGCCGAGGAGCUUACUGGUGGUAAGAUGUAG